AUGCAGAAGAGCACUUGCGUAGAAGAAAAGCAUACAUUUUUUAGAUGUUACUACCAAGGCAUAACUGGAGGUUUAUAUCCAAAUACUACUUGGUAUCAGUUAAUAGGUGAACAUGUUGAGAUUGCUGCAGAAGAAAGAAUUCGUAUUCCAUAUGAUCAAUUUGUUGUACGGUGCUACAACAAAACUAUGCUUGGCAUUGUUAAUAAUCAACCAUUUUACAAUGAUUCUGUAAUUUAUGAACGAGUUUUUGUGACUUUUUCCAAAUAUGUAAUUCUUGAAGAAGAAGAGAGUAAACAGUCAAAGUUUGCUCGAGCAGAUCCGGAAAAACCAUCACUAAGCAUUCUUGUGCUUGAUUCUAUCGCAAGAAACCAGUUUUUACGACAUAUGUCUAAAACCGUUAAUUAUAUGAAGCAGCUCGGUUUUAUUUUUUUAGAAGGAUAUACAAAAGUAGGCGAUAAUUCUGCGGUAAAUUUGCUACCAAUUUUGUCUGGUAAAACGAUAUUACCUCAAGUUGGUGGAGAUGGUAGCGAAGUUUUAGAUCCAAAUAAAGUAAUACCAUUAGAAGAAAUAGAUUUUUUAUGGAAUAUGAUGAAAGACAGGAAGUGUUUAACAAUGGUCAACGAUGACAUCGCUGAUGUAAAUCGUGGAUUAUUCCAUUACCCAGAAAAAACAUUCCAAGGAUAUAAAGUGCCACCAACAGAUUUUUAUUUUCGACCUUUUCACCUUUACAGUACUCGCCAUGAUAUCGUGGCAAAAAGCCUAUGCAUGCGCUCUGGAGAAAUAUGCACUGAAAUGUAUUUGGAUAUAUGGGAGAGAUUUUCAACAAAAUUCAAGGAUUUAUGCCAUUUUUCAUUCAAUUUUCUAACCCGCUUAACACAUGAUAACCCGAACUAUAUCGGAGCUAUUGACCAACGAUUGGUAACAUCACUACAACGUUUGUUCGCAAAUGGCGUGCUAAAUUCAACUGUACUGGUAGUGAUGGGCGAUCACGGGAAUCGUAUUGGUCUAAUUCAGCGAACAUAUAUUGGUCGUAUUGAAGAACGAGCACCUUUGUUUAGCAUUAGAUUACCUGAUGGUUACGUACGUAAGUAUAAACAGGAAACGUGGAAUUUAAAAUUUAACACUAAAAGGUUGACCAGCAACUUUGAUAUUCACCAAACACUCAAGGAUAUAGUUCGAGGCGAAUUUCAAAGAAACAGAUCAUAUUUGGAUCGAAGAGGCAGAGGUACAAGUUUACUAGAUGAAAAAGUAAGCAAGAAUAGGACUUGUGAAGACGCUGGCAUUCCAACAAAUUUUUGCUUAUGUAUGGAGCGAAGGAAUUUGAGCAGACUGAAUAAGAAUUCAAUAGAAUUUAUAACUGUGGUGAAAUUAGCAACAGAUAUAAUUAAAAGUAGUGACUGUUUUGAUGCAAAACAAGUUAAAGUCUUAUCGGCAGGUCUAAAUGUGUAUGCUAUCAAUCAAAUGGUACGACAUGGUUUGCGUGAUCAAAAUGAGUAA